UCCCGGGGUCAAUCCGUACGUUGCGGCCUAAUCGUCGCCGUUCAUCAGCAAACCCGUAGCGGUCUCGAUAGCCGACACUCCCCGGCGGAACGCAAUUAUCUGUGGGAAGGAACCGACAGCGAGCGUGCCGGUUUCAUUCCGUUCGGUCGUUCGGUCGAUAGUGGUCAGGCGCGUAUUUUCUGUGUGCGGCUUCAAGAUGGUGUUAUGUCACAUUCGCGCGACGGUACGGUUAAGCAAGCUGGUCGCUUCGACCGGUGCACAGAGUGCACUUCGUAGCCGUUUAUUCAGCAUCAGCAGUGCAGCUUUGAAAGAGCGACUUUUCACGGACAAGCAUGAAUGGGUGUCGGUGGAAGGAGAAGUUGGCACGGUUGGCAUUUCGAACUUUGCUCAGGAAGCCCUCGGUGAUGUGGUAUUCGCACAGCUGCCCGAUCCCGGAACCAAGUUAUCACAGAAGGACGAAUGCGGUGCGCUGGAAAGUGUGAAAGCAGCCAGCGAAGUCUAUUCACCCGUAUCAGGCGAGGUGACGGAGAAAAACGCAGCAGUGGAGGAGACGCCUGGUCUUGUAAACUCGUCCUGCUACGAAAAAGGUUGGCUAUUCAAACUGAAACUCACCAAGCCCGAUGAGCUAUCAAAGCUGAUGAGCGAAGAACAGUAUACGGAGUUUUUGAAAACUGCGGCCCACUAGAGGCAAGAAGUGCACUUGUGCAUGCGGCAACCAGCAAUGCGCCCAACUAUUGAUACCUACCGUUAAGUCCUACUGUAAUGCAAAUGAAUAGUGAGUGUUUGAUUGUGGGAAUAAAUGAAACAUUUCGU